AUGGCUUCAGUGCCCCAUGGUAUAUCUUUGUCCUCCACUUCGCUACUCGGUCUGCGACCCACUUCGAACAUGGCAGAACAGCACGCGACCGUAGCCAGGGAGAAGAGUUUCAGUCAUCAAUACCAGCAAACCACUAAGAACACCACACUCGCAGAUGUAGUCAACUCGCUUGCGCGUCGGGGCAGCGAUGACCUAUCGGCCUCUCGGGUGUCCGAUACUGACUAUGCUAGCCUGUUGGAGUGGAUUCGGUGCGAGAGGAUGAGAAAAUUACCGCCCGAGGGGAGCGGCUACGACAAUGCCCUUGUGUGGGCGGCCCUGUUCAUUGAGCGUGUGCAUUCGUUUGAUUUAGCGAUUGAACAAUUUGCCGGCGACAGCCACCUCGCCGCCCAGUUAUCCUAUGGAUACUGUGCUAGCUUGCUUGAGUUGGGCGAGGAAAAUGCUCCGGCCCUUAUGGACCUAUUUGGAUUUUUCUACCGCUGCUCUUCUGGUCUCGGCAACCUGCUCGAUCGUGCAGAGCUCUUUGUGGUCUCUUCGGAUAUCAAAGACCAGCUCAUUCUUGCGUUAGCUGAUCUGGUUACUCUCGUCGUCUGUGUGGCCACGCACUUUCAUCGGUCACUCCUUGCCUCGGAAUGGGUAUCGAUUGAUAUCUAUAGUACCUUCCCAGGUCCGAUUGACAGUUUUCGUGGUCGUUGUGAGCACAUUUCAGACCUUAUGUGGCGUCAUCAAUUGAUCCGAGAGGGCCUCGAGGGAGAUAAAGCCGUCGGAAUCAAUACCCUGAAAGACUGGCUGCAGCCCGAAGACCCAGUGGUUGCCCAUAUCACCGAAGCCACGGCCCCCUCGGGCCAGGAGCGCGAGGAGGCCACUUGCACGUGGGUGAAGCCAUACCUGAUGCGAUUCUUGAAAGGCGAAAAGCAGGUCCUUUCUAUCACCUCUAAGUCGGGUUCCGGCAAGACGGUUUUGUCGACUGUAAUCAAUGAUUAUCUGCAGUAUCCCGUAGGAGGAACAAGGUAUAUGUCCAUAUUGGCAUCUAUCGAUGGUCGAAUCCCUGCCAACACCACCCCGGGAGCCGUCGCCAAGACGAUCAUGUCGCAGAUGUUGAGCAAGCGCAUUGGCAACCUGCAGCUAUAUCAAAUCUUGGCGGAGGCUUACAACCAGAGCAGGUUGACUGUGGACGAAGAGUUGUACGAAAAUCUCCUAUGGGAUGCCCUGGGCCGUGCUCUCAAGACUAGUGGAGCAGGUGCCAGAGAGCUAGUCCUAGUCGUCGACGGCGUGGACGAGGCCAGCUGUGGGGAGAAGGCCCUGUCACACCGGCUUCAUGAAGCGGCAUCCAAGUCCCCCAGUGUAAAGCUGAUCACACUCGGCUCCCACCCAGUGGACUCGGUCAUCUCCCAAAUGGUAGUGCGAGUCACCCUAGGCUUAAUCUUCGAUGACAUUAGCGCGGUGACCCGCAAAACCCUUCAACAGAGCCAUGUGUAUAGCAAAAUGUCCAACGAAGACAAAGAGGUGACCGUUGCUCGGAUUGUGGAAGCAUCGGAUGGCUCUUUCCUUUGGGCGAAGCUGGCGGCCAAGCGUGUGCGCGAUGAGAACCCGCCGAACGAGGCCGCGCUUUCCAAGUCGGUGGAAAAUAUCGUCCAGGCAGGACAUAAGAUCUCAGAUCUGAUAUCCCACACCUUACAGUCCAAGCUAAGCGAGGAUACGAAGAAGAUUUUGGUUUGGCUAGCCACUGCGAACCGUCCCCUCGCCCAGCAGGAACUGGCUGCUCUUCUCUCCACCAAGCCUGACGAGGCGGCCCUCGCCGAGCAUCGCGAAAUUGACUUCCCUCAGCUAUUGAAGCCGGUCGCUUUCCUGGUUUUCUUCCACAAAAACCUUGUCUAUCUUAGACACGCACUGGUGCGGACCGCUAUCCUCGAUGUAUUCUCGAAGGGCAAAUUUCUACCCGCGAUCAAGGACAGGCAUGUGGAUUUUGCACAGAGACUCCUACUGUACGCAAAGCAGACUGUGACUGAUAGCCAUGGGCCAUCCUUGGAGCCGCUGAAUGGGCAGGUGACGGAAGACUUGUUGAGGAAACAUCCCUUAUUGGAUUUUGCGCUUCGUUACUGGACAGGCUAUGCGAAGAUUGCAUUCAAAUGCACCAACAACCAAGAAAUCAAUAUCGCAAGCAAGAGUUUCCGAUCUGUUCUCCCUGCGACCCCCUCUGUGCCACUCCUGGAGAUGACUUUGUGGGCAAGCAAGGCGACUCCGUUGCUUCGGUCCAUUCAUGAGGUUCAGACAUCCCUGUACCGCCAAAUAUUGAGCAACAACCACCCAGCCACUAUACAGGCCGUAAUCUGCCAGGCGCUAUUUUUCCGACAGAUCAGCAACAGCGUGCCUGCCGAGAGUAGUCGGAUCUUCUAUGAGGCGGCAACAAUCUGCCAGAAGGUCUUGUCUGUACGGAAUCUCAUCACUAUGCAGAUGGCUCAGUUCUUCCUGGAUGCCACCGUGGAUAAAAUGACUGACUCUGUCACGGAAGUCAUGACACGGCGCAUCCAGAUUCUCCAGAUGCUGGUUGAAUGCCAGAAGGUCCACCACGGAGCGACAAGUAGUGUGGUCCAAUCCACGUUGACGCAGCUGUCCGAGCAUUAUAGUCUAGUCAAGGAAUACCGCAAAGUACAGGAGAUUAAUGAAAAUUUGGAGAGGUCCUUCGUCAACAGUACGAACCAGCGGAGCGGAUCUGUGCAGAUGGACGAGUCAUUACUAGUCCACCUCCACGGCCCUAAACACACGAUGCCAGAGACAAGCACCCCCCUGGAUUUGACUGGAAUAGAGGUGGACGAGUUGAUUACAAAUUCAUUUGAUUUGAAGACCACCCUGGCGAAAGUGGAGCGACAGAGGGCAGAGGGCCACUUCUCGGACGCCGAACGGACAUACGUUGAGCUAUGGCAGCAAACCAGCCAGGCAUACCGGCUCAGUCACUCCACUGAGCACAAGAUGUCAGUUCUGCGGACUGUCCUCGAGUAUUCCAAAUUCCUCAAAAGUCGGAAGAGAGAUAACGAAGCGGCCUCGAUCCUUGCCGGGGUUUGGGAGGAGUACGAGAAAACUACCUCCAGUGCCGAAGCCUUGGUGUCCGAGUUGCUUGAGCUUGCUCAGUUCAUGAAAGAAGUGGGACUGUCUGUGUUGGCCUUGGAAGUGUUCAAAUACUGCGCACAAAGUACUAGCAGCCAGAGUGCCACCCGCAAAGAAGUGGAAAGAAAUAUCCAGUCCACUUCCCGACAACUGAUGCACUCAUCAUCUGCAAAAUCUCUGCUGACCGAAUCAACCCUGAAAGAAAUGGUUUAUACUAGUUCAUCCAGUGACGAGCAAAAUUUCGCAACAGCGAGCACAGCGCUAAUCGAAAUGUACUUGUCUCAACACCGGUGGCAUGAUGCUACAAGGGUGUUGAAACGAGUCCUGCGAGAUAUGUGGCCGUUGUUGUUUGCGGCUUCGAUCGAAAAGGUCGUCCUGCCAUCAUCUAAUGUUGAGCACUGCGUUGAUUUUGCAGAGCGCCUCGCCGGGUGCUACCGCUACCGCCGUCACCCGGUCAAGGAAGAGGAUAUCCGGACCCGGCUUUAUAGUGCAGUUCGACGCGAUCGGCCAGUGUGCGGCGAGCAAACUGUGGAGCGAGCCACAUUGAAUCUUCUUCGUCUAUACGAGCGUACUUCCCAGACCGGAAAAGUUGUGAACAUCCACCAGGAUAUGCUGGAUGAUUAUACUAAGCGGUUCGGCGGGGAGCAUCCCACUGUGAUACGACAGCUUUGGACCCUGGCCGAGCUGACGGCCCCGCAACCCAUCGCAGUGGAUUAUUAUCGCCAGAUAGUUCAAGUCCUGAGCAAGGGCUGGGAGACCUGUCCCCCGGAUGCCUUCGAGCCACUUGUUAUCGUGGCGACGGAGCUCUUGAAGCAAAAUCGAUACGCGGACGCACUGAAACCCUGCCGGGUGUUGUUCACUACCUUGCAGAGCCCCCAGAUCAGCCAAAAAUUGCGGGAUCCGGGAUUUGUCCAGACCAUCUACCAACGUUAUGUUCAUUGUCUGCAAAUGACACACAGUGACACUACCACCAUUCAUGAUGUGACAGUGCAAUAUCGUAAAUCGUGCAUUACUCUCUUCGGUGCGAGCGCGUCGAUCACCAUACAGGCAACCAACACAUUGGCAAAUAUCUGCCAAGAGUCCGAGCAGUUUGAAGCGGAAGCGGUCCAACUCUACGAAGAGCUUUUGCAAAUUAAAUCCAGUGAAGUUGAAAUCGACUAUCAAGACAUCCGUGCCACCUUGGAUGCAAUCCACGAGCAGCAGAGUGCAGCCUUCACUACUUUGAAGGUCGAAAACAUGUCAACAAAGGAGCUACAGAAGACGUUGUCUAUUCAUACCCAACGACUCGCGUCGAUUCGAUCCAGCUAUGGAUGGGCCCACGAGGAAGCCCUAUCCCAGAUGGGGGAGGUAGUCUCACUCUACACUAAACAAGGGAAGUCACAGGCAGCUGUUUCACUGCUACAGGAAGCAGCAAUGCAAGUGCUAUCGACCGAGACGCUCUCUAUCAAGUUGAUUGCGGCGGCCAAGAGUAUUGCAUCUGGCUAUAUCGCAGCUGGUCAAAUUCAAAAGGCCGAGCAGCUCUCAAACGAGAUAUAUCGUCAUGUUAUUACCAAGGACACCAAGGAUGAGAGUGCUCUCGGCUUUGACCGGAGUUCAAAAGGGCGGUCAACCCUUGCUUUCCUUGCUCAGUUCGAAUAUAGCAUCCGGGAAUGCGGGGACAACUCUACUACAUUGAACGAAAUAUAUGCCGCCCUCACCACGGAGUAUAUAUACUUUGAACAGUUCCGGGAAACCCUCAGCUCCAAGACUGGCAAGCUCCAAGACACGGCGGAAACCGCGGCCCGCCUGCACGGCUUCUUACUUAAUCGCGGCCGUCCAUCCACUGCCACUCAGGUGGCAGAUCGGUAUACCAGCUUCUUCUUGGCGACAGAGGGCUCCAACCUGGAAAUCGGCCCUAACCAGGCUAAGGCCUUUAUUGAGACAGUUCUGGAAUAUUUCAGCAUUCAUUCCUCGCGUGACUUUAUGCGUUCAGUGGCCAUUGCUAGUUACAACCGCGUAGACCAGCUGCUUCGCUCCAAAGAUUACCAGUCUGCCUGCCACAUCGCAUUGGCAGCGACGAAAUACAUCGGUGCCCACCAUGGCUACUCGUCCGAUGCGACACUCAAGCUAGUGUUCAAGCUGGGCCUUCUCCUGGCCGGCCAAGACAAUGACAUACACCCAGCAGGCUCGGCCGAUAAGUACAUGCUAAGCGUGUCAGCGACGAUUCUUCGUGAUACCCUCGAAUAUUUCAAGGAGCACAACUUUGAGCUCGCACACCUGGAUCUGGAACACAUCAAUCGCUUGAUCAAGGUUCUAGAUGAGCAACAGGAUUAUCACACCAUGGCCUGGGUUCUCACCUCCCUCUGGAACAGCCGUGACGCCUAUGCUUUGUCACAACCACGGCAUUCAUAUACGCUUGCGCUCGGGCGCAUGCUGGUCAUUACCCGCUAUCUCAUCAGCGAUUAUAGUGGAGCUGUCCGGCUUGCGGAGGAUCUUGUCUACAACUGUGCUCGUGUCCAUGGACCCCGACAUCCAAGUACGGUCGAGAUGACUAUUCUCCUAUCACAGAUGUAUACAAGCGUGGCUCAAGGCUAUCAAACCCAGAAGAGUCGGCGUAAGCUGGCCUACCAGUACUAUCGCAAAGCAGCCGCGCUGCACGAGAAUGCCUUGCGUGUGUUCAUUGACCCGUCCUCGGCACCUGCCAGCGAUGUGGACAUGGAUGUCAUCUCGGGCAUCUCAUCCCCUUCGUCCGCCUCCAAUCCAGACGAAAACACGGAAGAAGGGAAGCAUGUCCGACAGCAUUUGCAUAUGCUCAAACUUGCGGUUGAACGCCUUGGGAAUUGGCCCAAGGAAUACUCCGAGUACGAACGGCUUAAUCGUGAUCUCUUUAGCACAUUUGCGAAUGAUCUGAAAGGCGUGGAGGGUGUCGAGAAAUGGAAUUUGCAGUCGUUCGGGUCCGGCCAGGCUGAGGCUAGUGAUGACCUUGUCUCUUUUCAUCACGAGCACCUUGCAAUUCCCGUUUGA